AUGAUCUUAGACAAAACAAAAGAAAAAAUAGCCCUAAUUAAAAGAGAGAAUCAGGGAAAUGACCUUUUGCUAAAAUAUACCUUAGGCAAUGAAUUAAUAUCAAUACCUAAACAUAUAUGUAUCAAAUGCAGACCAUGUAUAACCAUGAAACAAAAAUUAAAUUAUUUACAGGAAGAAAUAAACAGUACAACUGCACUAGUUUAUUUUUUCUUUUGUUUUAGUAAAUUUAGGGGUCCUCAAUUUAUACCUUUCAAAUUUAGAUAAAUCUAACCAUACAAUCAAUAAAGAAUUAAGGAUAAAAAUAGAAUUUAGAAAAGUUGGAUAUUAUAAUCUCCUGAAGAAAUUUGAAUAAGAAAUAGGAAAGAGUAUACCUGUUUUUUAGCUGUGCAUGGCACCUUCACAAAAAUUGACCAUGUAUUAGCGCAAAAAAAUCUCACAAAGUUGCAAAUAUAUACAUAUAAUGUACCUUUUCCAUACAAUAUUGCAGUCAGUGUUGGGAGGAGACCAAAUCAUAUCGUUCAGUUUUAUUAUACCUGCUAUUCAUGACAUUGGAAGUCACUAAUCCCCUACCUGCUUGUACCUGUUAACCUUCAUAGACUGGCAACUGGCCAGAUUCCAAGAUGAAAUAGUUCAUCCCAUUUUACUGGUGUAACACUAUCCAAAUUGUCUUUUAUCUCAUUAUGCAUGUUAUUAAUAAGAACUGGUUCUGUCUCAAAGCCCUUGCUGAUUUGCAGUGAUCAGUUCCUCAGUGUGUUGCUACACUGACAUAAAUUCCUUUUAAUUCUUUUUGUAUUAAGUUUUACCUCCUUAAUCAGGGAAAAAACCUGAAUGAAUAAUUUUCUUAUUAACAAUAUGGAUUAUUUACUUGGUCCUUUGUACUUUUCUCAAAAGAGUAAGUUAAUAUUAGUAUUAUUAUUCAUUUUAAAGCAAAAUGUACCCAACAAAAAAGGAAUCAGUUUUAAAAUAUUGUAAUCAUACUCUCUUAUACACUACUAAUUCAUACUUCCACAGAAUACAGAUUGAAUGAAGAGUUCAUUUGCUAAGGGUACCAUUACAUAACCCUCUAGAAAUCAUCUUUCAAAUUCAUAUUAUGUUUUUAUAAAAUGGUUUCCCCAAAAUGCCAAUAUAAAAAAAACAUAAUAAUAGCAAACAAUAUUACAGAUUUUAAAAGUCCAAAAUUGUCAGUCAAAUAGCAUCAAUUGAGAUGAUUUUCUUAGAAUUAUCUUAGAAAAAUAUUUUAUUUUAUCCUUUUAUCCAUUUGGUCACCUAAACUGAUUGUUUAUUUGAAGAAUAAAAUAGGAUAAUUCUGAUCCAGCUACAUUUAAUUUUUAUUCAUACAGCUCCUAAACAUUCCACUUUAAUGUCAAAUUCUUGGUCUAUUUUGCACUAAGAUCUGCACUCAGAGGGUCAAACAUCCCAGUGAUCUUCCAGGGAGAGGAUAUCUGAGUUCAAAUGAGUCCACAUUCUAGAUUAGGAUAAAUGUGCUAACCAAACUGACUGCAUUUUGUCAACAAUCCAUUUUUAAACUAGAUUCCUUUUUGCUGUAAAUCACUUGCUUUCCUGGAAAUCUUCAGGUUGCCUCCCUCUUGGUCUCCCCCACUCAACUCCUAAAUUCCCCAAUCCUUCCUUCAAUAAGAAAAUAAGUGGUGGAGGCAGCGGGGAGAAGCAGCUCUCAGAGAUGACCAGUCUGAUGGAUGGUGGCCCAGGUGGGAAAAGAGCCCCUGGAGUGGAGUUUGGAAGUCUGGGAGGAGUCCAAGAUAGAAAGCGGGUCAUUCCAGUGGUCAAAGCAUUUCAUGGGAUGGAGGGUAGAGUUGGGAAAGGGAGGCGAGCAGCAUCCUGAGAUUCAGGUUCUAGGUAUUACUGGAGUUAAGGCUCAUGCUGGGGACUUCAGGGGCUGGGCUGGGUGGGGCUCUUGAGACUGGGAGGACCUUCCCAGAGGGGGCUGAAUGAAAACAGGAACUUAAUACUGAGAUCACUCUGCCUUUUGCCCUUGCCACUGAAUCAACUUUUCCUUCCCUGUGCUGAGACUUCUCUGCCUUCACUGGAGCUGAAGUUAUGUUGUCCUUUGGAAGCCAACUCUGUGGAUGCGCAUCCCAGGAGCUGGUGGCAUUCCAGGAUGUGGCCGUAGACUUCACACCAGACGAGUGGGGCCUUUUGGACCCUUCUCAGAAGGAGCUGUACAAGGAGGUCAUGCUGGAGAAUGCCCGGAACCUUCUCUUCCUGGGGCUGCCAACUCCCAGAAAAGAUGUGUUCUCUCAUCUCGAACAAAGGGAAGCACUGUGGAUGCUGGAGGAAGAAGUCCUGAGAAGGAGUUGUUCAGAAGGAGAAAUUAGACCUGAAAUGAAGGAGGUUCCUGCAAAACUAAGCAUUUCUGUGGAGGGAACUCACAAGCAAAGCUUCCCAAGUGAUGACCCCCAUGCCUUCACUAGGAGACAAAUCUGUGUUGUACUUCACAGAAUUCACAUAGGAGAAAAACCUUAUAAUUAUUAUCACUGUCAAAAAGACUUGAGUCAACAGUUAUCCCUUAUUAAUCAUCAAAAAAUUCACAUUGAAAAGAAACCACAUGAAUGUCACAAAUGUAGAAAGACUUUCAUACAGAAGGCCAGUCUUGCUGAACAUCAGAGAAUUCACACCAAGAAGAAAAAUGAAUGUGAUCCGUAUGAAAAGGCUUUUAGACAAGAAUGCCAUUUUACCAUACAUCAGAGAAUCCACACUGGAGAAAAACCUUGUGAACAUAAUGAAUGUGGAAAGACUUUCAGAUGCAAAUCCAAACUUGCUCUACAUCAGAGAGUCCACACUACAGAGAAGCAUUAUCAGUGUCAUCAAUGUGGAAAGACUUUCUCACAGAGCUCCAAUCUUUCUAAACAUCAAACAAUCUAUAAUGAAGACAAACAUUAUAACUGUGAUCAAUGUGACAAGGCUGUUACACAAAGCUCCAGUCUUGCUGAACACCAGAGAAUUCACACUGGAGUGAAACUUUAUCAGUGUAAUCAGUGUGGAAAGACUUUUAGACAGAGAUGCCAUCUUGCUCUACAUCAAAGAAUUCAUACUGGGAAGAAACCUUUUGAAUGUAAUGAAUGUGGAAAGACUUUCAUGCAGAAUUCCAAUCUUGCUAAACAUCAGAGAAUCCAUUAUGGAAAGAAAGCGUAUGAAUGUAAUGAAUGUGGAAAGAUUUUCACACAGCAUUCCAGUCUUGUGGAACAUAAACGAAUUCACACUGAGGAGAAACCUUAUGAAUGUAAUCACUGUAGAAAGACUUUCACUCAGGAAUGCCGUCUUAGUCUACAUCAGAGAAUCCACACUGGAGAGAAACCUUGUGAAUGUAAUCAUUGUGGAAAGGCCUUCAGAUGCAAAUCCAAACUUGCUCUACACCAAAGGGUCCACACUGGAGAGAAGUAUUAUCAAUGUAAUCAAUGUGGAAAGGGAUACAAAAGUAGUUCAGGUUUAGCUACACAUCAAAGAAUCCACACUGGAGAGAAACCUUAUGAGUGUAAUCAAUGUGGAAACACUUUCAGAUGUAGCUCCAGUCUUGCUGUACAUCAGAGAAGUCACACUGGAGAGAAACCAUAUGAAUGUGUUCAGUGUGGAAAGAAUUUCCGACAAUACAACAAAUUUGCUGACCAUCAGAGAAUCCAUACUGGAGAGAAACCUUAUCAAUGUCAUCAAUGUGAAAAGACUUUUAGAAGAAGCUCAGGUCUUGCUAAACAUCAGAGAACCCACACUGGAGAGAAACCUUAUGAAUGUAAUCAAUGUGGAAAAACUUUCUCACAGAAAUCUAAUCUUGCUUUUCAUGAAAGAAUCCACAAUGGAAAGAAACCAUAUGAAUGUAGUCAGUGUGGAAAGAAUUUCAGACACAACUCCAGUCUUGUUGAGCAUCAGAGAAUCCACACUGGAGAGAAACCUUUUGAAUGUGGUUCAUGUGGAAAGAAUUUCCGACAGUACAACAAAUUUUCUGCACAUGAGAAAAUUCAUACUGGAGAAAAAUCUUAUAAAUGUAAUCAGUGUGGAAAAAAUUUCCAACAGUGUAACAAAUUUAUUGAACACCAGAAAAUCCACAAUGGAGAGAAACCUUAUGAAUGUAAACAGUGUGGGAAGGCUUUUACACAAAAGUACAGUCUUAGUUACCAUCAGAAAAUCCACACUGGAGAGAAACCUUAUGAAUGUAAUCAGUGUGGAAAGGGAUUCAUAUGUCGCUUCCAUCUUACUCUUCAUCAGAGAAUCCACACCGGAGAGAGACCUUAUGAAUGUGUAGUUUGUGGUAAAGCUUUCUAUGUACGCUCUUCCCUUACUAAACAUCAGAGAACCUAUACUGGAGGACAAAUUUCCUUAAUAUAAUCAAUAUGGAAAAUCAUUCAGGCUAAAGUCAUUCUUUAUUCCCUGUCAGAGAAUAUCCUUGUAAUGAAUGAGGAAUGUUAUAGAAAUGGAGCACAAAGCUCUUAUUAGUUAUCAGAAAAUUCAUCUUGGAAAUAAGCCCUAUAAAUGGAUCCAAUGGCCUUCAGGCAAAGAUCAUCUCUUUCCUUUAUAUUAAAGAUUCAUAGUGAAGAGAAGAUUUACUAAUGUGCUCAAUGAGGACCUACCUUUCCGUGGAAGAUGGAGGUCAGUAAACUUCCCAAUAUUCACCUUGGAACAAAGCCAUAAAAGCUAAAUUUAUGGGAAGGCUUUCACCUGGAGUUCCUACUUGUGUGCAUAUUGGAAAAAUCUUGUGGGACCUAAAAUUUGUGAAUCCAGUUAUUGAGGAAAGGCGUCUUCCUGCAGCACAGACAUCACAAAUUUCAUACUGUGCAGAAAACCCUAAAACUGGAUUAAACAUUUCUCUGAAAUCCCAAGGUUUCUCAUUAUUCCUUUCUCAUAUGUCAUCACAUUAUUUUACCAUAACUUCUGCAAGCACUCCCCAAUUGAUUGGUAUUCACUUUGACUCAUGAUAUUAGCUGGCACAAAAAGUCUUGCAUCAAUAUUUUGGUAUCUAUUGGACAUUUAUUUGUAAUGAUUAUUUUAGACUGCGGUGUAACCACAUGAAAGAGAGCCAUCCCUGAGUCUACAAAACUUCGAUUCUUUCUCAGAUACUGACUAGCUGUGUGAUGCUAGAUGAGUCACUUCCUCUGUUCUUGCCUGAGUUUCCCCAUCUGUAGAAUAGAGAUGAUAAUAAUAAUAGCACCUGCUUCCCAGAGUUAUGAAAGGAUUAAAUGAGAUAAUAGCUAUCAAGUGUUUUGCAAGCAUUUAAUCACUUGUAAAUGUAAUCUGUAAUUAUUAUCAUUUUGUCCUCUUGGACUAUAAAUCUCAUAACAAUAAUAGUGAAUUAAAAGCUAUAGAUACUUUUAUUCAGAUUUUCAGUAGAUUUGGGGUGAAAGCACUGUGUUGUGAUGAAUAGGGAACAAGGUUUGGAAUUGGGAAAAUUUGGUUUCAAAUCCUAUCUGAGAUGUUUUCCAGCUGUGUAACUCUGGGUAAGGAACAAUGUCAGUGUGCCUCAGUUUACUCAUCUUGAAAAUGGGGAUAUUGAACUCAGUGGCUUCUAUGCUCCCCUAACUCUAAAUCUAUGUUCUUAUCAAAAGUACUUUCAUUGGUCUCUUUCCAAAGCCUCAUCCAAUGUUCCAGGAAGUAGGCCUUAGCAGGGCCAAAUCUGAGACUACAGCUGAAAGUGGUAGCCACCGAAAAUCCUGUCCUGAAAUAGGGAAUGUAUACAUUAUGUGUUUAAUAUACAAAAGAAAAUGAGUCUAGCAACCCUGUGUUCAGCAGUCAACAAAGUGUCACCAAGAUCAAAUUGGUGGAUUUUUAAAUCACAUGAAGAAACAAAUGUAUCUAAAAUGCAAAAGAGAAGCAAGUAGCUGGAGAAAUGAUUUGCACCAAGUUUCUCUAAUAAAUUCUCAUUUCCUUUAUUUAAAGGAUGUUUGAAUCCU